AUGGAGCUUACUGUAGCCACAAGUGGUGUCUACCUCAGCCAGCAGAGGCAGCUGGGUUCCAGUGACAAUUUGGAGGCCAACUGCCACCUGCCCUCAACCCACCCCGCGUCCUCCCUGCAGGUGGAGGAGAAAUAUCAAGAGGCUCAGGAGCUGCAGCAGCAGCGGAACCGGUACCUUACUCACCUUCAGCAGUACAUGGCCGCCUACCAGCAGCUUGUGGCCACCUACCAGCAGCUGGCCAACGAGAAGGACGUCCUGCAGAAGCCGGUGCUGCUUAACACCCAGCUUGGCGACUGGAUGCAGCACGAAGAAGAGCAGGGCAAGAUGGAGGUCGAGUUGGCCCACCAAGAGCUGCUGGAAACACAAGUGGGACAGUUGGAGUGCCAGACACCCUGUGGCCGCCCGAGCAGGAAGACCUGCGAGCAGCAUCCCUUCUCACUCUUUCCUGCCGGCCCCACUGAACCUCAUGGCUUGGACUGGAGGAAUGAGGAGGAGGAGGAAGAGGAGAACAAGGGUCCCCUGCCAAAGCUAAGCAUCGCUGACGACCUAGACAGCUGCGAGGCCAUGAUGACAUUUUGUAACGCGGCCUUGGCCAGUGCUGAGGAAGAACAGGCGCGGCUACGCGGGCAGCUCAAGGAGCAAAAGAUGCUCUGCCAGUUCCUGGCUCAGCAGACAGCUCCAUGGGACCAGGAUCCUGAGAAGAUGGAGGCCCCAGCCCCCGCCACCUGGGGGGAGAGUUCCCUUUGUCCACACUGGGGAGCUCAGAAUCGUGGUCCUUUCUCCCCCGAUGAUUCUUGCUGCCUAGGCGGGGAUUGUUGGCUGGUCCUCUCGGACAUCUCCUCCUCCAGGCGAGGUCUCAUCCCGCAGCUUCCGGACCUUUUCCAUCCCCUGUGCCGCCAUGACACGUCCAGCGCUGUCACAGGAAAACACUGUCUGCUGCUCCUCAGUCCCUCCCGGUCUUCGGAGGGCUCCAUACCGUCUGCAUGGAGCACCUUGCUGACUUACGCCAAUUGUAAGGCAGGAAGGAAUGGACACGGGGCAGGUUUUCUGAUCCAGCAGACUGGGUCCAGGAGAAGAGAGUCCUGGAAGCCUCAGUGGCUUUUGCAGGCUUUUAUUGGGAUUUACCAGGGUCACUUUACCAAGCUCAUUCAGGAGAAAGUGGACUUACAGGACUGGAUGGAGGAGCUGAAGCAUCGAUGUAUCUAGAUGUCUGGAGAGACUGACACCAUCAGACAAUACAUCACUCUCUACCAGACCCAGAAAGCAGUGAUGAGGAAGGAGCACCGAGAGAAGGAGGAGUCCAUAAGCCAGCUGGCCCAGAGCAAAGAGGAGAUGAAGGUGAAGCUGUUAGAGCUGCAAGAACUGGUUUUGUGGCUGGUGGAGGUGCACAACGAAUGGCGGGUGAAGCUCUGAGCCCCUGCCCAGAACCCUGCUGCUGAGCCCACUAGCGCAUGCCUAGCCCCCAAGGAGCUUGGCGCUGCCAGCGGCCAAGGUGAGGAAAGCCCCGCACGGGCAUCUAGGCAGAAGGAGCACACUGCGCCAGGCACACAGCAUCCUGUCUCUGUCUCUCUAAAGCACAGAGUGAGGUGAGCCUCGUCCAUGACGUGUAGCCAACCCAGGGCAAGGCCCAGCUGGGCCUGACUCCCCUCGAGAACGCCUCUGCGCAGCAGAUCAUUCAGCUGCUUCAAGAAAUGCAGAACCCCAGGAAGCCGUCACCAUUGGAAACAGCCCAUGCCUUCCCUUCUUCUACCAGGCUGAUGACAACAAGGUGAAGAUAAUGGUGGUCUAGGCCACCGGCAUGGGGCCGGGGGCUCUGCCCCCACCUGGCCCUCACCAACCCAUCCCUAUUCCCCAAGCUUUCCCCCCCUGUCCUUUGGCUCUCCUUCCCAGUCAUCCUUAUAUGCCUCGGCUUAAAAAAGGGGUACAACAACUCCCCUAUCUAAUAGGGGGAAACAGGUGCAGACCCUAGCCUCUUAGGUCAGGGCUGUGUCUUAAUCUCUGGGCUAAUCAUACUUCCAGAGACAAGGAGCUAGAAACAUCCAACUAGUUAUUUAGGGGGCUCCCUUCUACAACAUAGGGGCUCCUUGAUGACCAAUUGAAUCCUUACCAGGCCUUCCUGCAGAGGGCCUAGGUUGUAUCAGGCAAUUUGGAGCCACGUGCCCCCCCCCACACUACCCCAACCAUGUGGAAUGGGGCAGCAUUUUGAAGGCCCGGCAUGGGGGCUAAGUCCAGACAGAGAUACCAGCUGGGGCAGGUGGGCACCAACACCUGUCUAGAGUGUAGCCACAGAGAUAGCAGUGGUUUAUUUGAGACCACCCAGAUCCACAAAGGGGUGGCCUCCCCUACUCCCUUUUGAAAUUUCCCCACGGGCCUUUGCACCCAAUUUUUUUUUUUUUUUUAUUUUUUGUUGGACUCAAUAAUUGUUUUGAUUUUUCUUUAUUUUUUUCUUUUUACUUUUUGUUGCUCCCAAUUAUUUUGGAGGUGAUCCCUAACUGCAGAGGGGAGGCCUCUCCUACUACCUAGCAAAAGUCCCCAUGGGAAUGUGUGCCCGAUUAUUUUGUAGGCACCCACCUAUUAAGGGGGGGCUCUGCUCACUACACAAGUCUUGCGGCUUGAGGUUAUCCUGUCCCCCUCAUAAAAGUCCUGCGGGCAUGAGGGCACCACAAUCCUCAAAGGGGUGUCCUCCCCUGUCCCCACUCACAAA